ACCCCAAAUUUGAAAAACCUCAGUGACACUGUUACAAAGAGAGCAGGGAAAAGAGAGAAGAGGGAAAACAAUGUCGGGCUUCCCAUUCGGAUCCUCCUCCGCCGCUUCUUCUCAGUCCACUACGCCUUUCUCAUUCACCAACCCUCCUGCCUCUUCCCCCGCCACCUCAACCGGGUUCUUACUCGGGUCCUCCCCUUCCCCAUUCGGAUCCACUGCCGCACACGCCGCCACCUCCACCUCCGGGUUCUCAUUUGGAACCUCCUUCAGUGCCUCCACUUCCUCAAACCCUUCCUCCUCCUCAUCUCCCUUCCCCUUCUCCAUUAACACCACCGCCUCCCCCUCCGCUCCCGCCUCCGCCCCCGGUUUUGGGUCCUCUAACCCUAGCUCCGGCCCGGCCCCUUCUUUCGGAUUCGGAUCCGGAGCCUCCACCGCCACCGCAGCCUCCUCUGCUGCCGCCCCUUCUUUUGGAUUCGGGUCCUCAGCAGCAACCUCGGCUCCAUCAUCCAUGUUUGGCUCCUCGGCUUCAACUCCGCUGUUUGGUUCAUCUCCAUCCCAACCCCUGUUUGGCUCAUCCGCAUCGGCGCCCGCUUCCGCUUCCGCUUCUACUUUAUUCGGAGCACCGUCGUCCACCUCUUCGUCCUUGUUCGGGGCAACUGUAUCGGCAGCCAGUUCACCCCUGAUUGGCUCCGCUUCCGCUUCUACUUUAUUCGGAGCACCGUCGUCCACCUCUUCGUCCUUGUUCGGGGCAACUGUAUCGGCAGCCAGUUCACCCCUGAUUGGCUCCGCUUCCGCUUCUGCUUCAUCUCUGUUUAGCUCAUCUUCCUUCACACACAGCGCGCCCUCUUCCCUGUUUGGCUCAUCUUCCACAGUUUCUUCAACACCCUCGUUCAGCUCUGCUUCGUCGUCUUCAGCGUCAACCACACCCUCAUUCCCAAGCUUCUCGAGUUCCUCUUCAGGCUUCUCGUUCCCAACCGCCUCACCUCUUUCAAAGCCACCAACAACCUCCACACCCACCACUGUUACUCCAUCAGCAACGGCUUCAACCGCUCCAAGCUUCUCGUUCGCACCACCCACUUCCUCUGCUUCACAACUGUCUUUCGGAUUCUCCAAUGCCUCCUUAUCAGCUGCCCCCAUUUCUACCGCAAAGCCUACCUUGCAGUCCUUCUCAACUCCUUCUGCCCCGUUGUUUUCGACAGUCACCACCACAAGCGCUUCUUCGACUUCAGCUGCUAGCACUACAUCCCAAGCCUCUUUCUCUAUGCCAAGUUUCGGUGCGACUCCUACUACUUCUGCAGUUUCGAGUACAGUUGCAACGGCUUCAAUAGCGGCGCCUGCCAGCUCAGCUGCGCCUUCCAGCACAGCAGGUUUGUUUACAGGGUUUGGAGUGUCCUCCGCAGCUGCUUCUUUAGGGACUACUACUGCUGCUGCUUCUUAUACUGGCUUUUCCUCGCUGACAAAAGGGUCGACGCCUGCUUCCUCAUCACAAGCGCAACCAAGCACGACUUUGCCUGCAUUUGGUGCCACUACUUCAGCACUUGUAGCUGCAACGACAACCAGUACAAGUACCACUGCAAUUCAGACAUCAACAUCACUUAUUGUGGCUUCCACUAGUGGGACAACUUCAACUGUCAGCACUACAGUAUCUACUGCACCAAAAUUACCGUCUGAGAUCACAGGGAAGACUGUGGAGGAGAUCAUCAAGGAGUGGAAUGCUGAGCUCCAAGAACGUACUGGAAAAUUCCGAAAGCAGGCCAAUGCAAUAGCAGACUGGGACAAGAGAAUUUUGCAGAACCGUGAUGUUCUUCUUAGACUCGAGAUUGAAGUGGCGAAAGUGGUUGAAACCCAAGCUAACUUGGAGCGGCAGCUAGAGUUAAUUGAGACUCAUCAGCAAGAGGUUGAUAAGGCUUUGCAAAGCAUGGAAGAAGAAGCUGAGCGUAUAUACAAGGACGAGCGUGGAUUGGUUCUUGAUGAUGAAGCUGCAUCAACAAGAGAUGCUAUGUAUGAGCAAGCUGAGUUUAUAGAGAGAGAACUGGAGCAGGUGACAGAACAGAUCAAAUCAAUUAUUCAGACCCUAAAUGCCAACCAGGGAGGAGAACUUGAUACAAAUGAUGGGAUGGCUCCAUUAGAUGUGGUUGUACGAAUCUUAAACAAUCAGCUCAGUUCUUUAAUGUGGAUUGAUGAAAAGGCUGAAGAGUUCUCGUCGCGAAUUCAGAAGCUUGCCAAUCAAGGUCCUGCUGCAGAUCGUGAAUUAAUGAGUCCAAAAUACUGGAUGUCCUGAUCUUUAGAAGUGUAAACUACCUUUAUUUUCCUCCAAGAUCAGGUUCUAACUGUUUGAGAUUGAUGUAUGCCAAAUAUUCAUUGUAAUCACCAUUGCUCGUGCAUAAAUGUUCUUCCUGGAUAAGAUGAUUAUAUCAGAUAUUCAAAUCUCUAUAAACAGUUUGUGAAUGUUUACUUGACCUC